AUGCAGCCAAGAAAAGAAGAAGCAAAGAUGGGGCUUCCCCCCUACUCCAGUCUUGGCUUUCUGGCUGUUGCCUUUCUCCUAAAAGGUGCCGAAGCCAGCUGCUGCCCCAUGGAAUGGCUGCCCUACCAGGGUUAUUGCUACAAGCUCUUCCAUGAAAAAGUGAGCUGGUCUGAUGCAGAGUUAAUCUGCCAAUCUUUCAUGCCUGGAUCCCACCUGGCCUCCAUCCAUAGUAACACAGAGGCAUCUGAGCUGGCCAACUACAUUGUCAAGUAUCGUAAAGAUGGCGGUAAUGUCUGGAUUGGACUACGAGACACCAGGAAGAAUCGAGUGUGGAGCUGGACUGAUCGAUCGUCAACCAGCUAUAAGGCCUGGAAUGUUGGAGAACCAAACAAUCUAAGGAAUGAGGAGAACUGUGUCGAGAUUUGGUCUCCCUCAGGGUAUAUGCUCUGGAACGAUGAGAGCUGCAAAUCGGAGCGUGCUUUCCUCUGCAGGUACAAACUCUAG